AUGGGAAAGGUGGUUAUGCCUGAUUCAAAAGGUUCUCGGUUUCCAUCUAUGUCAACCCUUGUCCAAUUCGCACCCAGCAAGGCAGAAUGCCCAAUUCACAAAAAGAAUUAUCUUAUCUUGCUUAGUCAGGAUAUUUUAGGCGAUGACUGGGUAAAAAUGACUGCAAAAAUCGUUGAUCGGUUUGGACGAGUUUGGCUUUCUUUGAGCAUGAAGUCCGAUUUUUUUCAAUAUUUAGUUUCUUGUUCCUUGUUCCGUCUUCAUUCUUUCGAGUGUUUUUUUUUCGUUCCGUAUUCUUUAUCCCUUCUUUUGAAUUUGAAAUUAUGUUCCGUCGUCUUUCUUCCGCCUUCCGGAUUUUUCCAUCUCAUUCCUUCUCCCAUAUUCCUUUGUCCGGAUUUUCAAAAUGUUUUAUUCCGCUCAACUCUAGUGGAUAGUCUAGAAACCGGAAAUUUCGAAAAGCUUUAUCUUUCAUAA